AUGGACGACGUGAUUACGCUUAUUUUGGUUCAUGGAGGUGCUAUGGACAUGUCUGGUGUGGUUCCGCAGUAUGUUGGUGGUGUGGAAGACGUCAUCGACAUUCAUCGUGAUGUCGUGUCUUACUUUGAGAUUACGAAGACCCUUAUUGAAGAUUUGUCCUAUCUAUCGGUUGAAAGGGUUUGGUACUUGACCCCGGGGGAAGACAUGGCUACUGGAUUGCACGAAGUUCACUCUGAUGUGGAAGUCAUGACCUUACUUACAGAUGCCGAGAAAGGAGAUUUGAGGGUCUACUUCGAGGCAACUAAAGACAUUGGUGAGUUUGGCUAUAUGGGUGACAACUAUGGUCAUGGUUGGAAGGUGUAUGCGAGUUGGUGGCGCAAAAACGAAUGCUUUAUGGUGAAAGGAGUUGGUGAAGCUCAUAGCUGCCCCCGGUCUCUUCGGAUCCGUGCAGCUGGUUACAAGUGGAUGGCCAAAGAAUAUCUGGAAACAUUUAGGGUCAAUCAAGCGUGGGAUGUUGGGCUAAUAGCAAACGAGGUGAAGCGCAAGUUCAACCUGAUUGUAUCAACUUCUACUUGCUACCGAGCCAGGUUGGAAGCUCGUCGGCUGCUGUAUGGGUCUCUUGAAGAAGACUUUCACCAAAUUAGGGACUACAUAGGCCAUCUUAUAAAAGUGGACCCUCAAGGCAAAUUCCUUCUGGAAGUGGAUAUUGAGCCUGGUGAAGACAAGGUCUUUUUCAAAAGACUCUACGUUGGCUUUUCGAGUUUGUGUAAAGGGUUCAUAGCGGGAUGUCGACCUUUCUUUUGCCUCGACGGCUGUUUCCUAAAAGGAGAGGUGCAAGGCAUGCUACUGUCGGCUGUUGGGAAGGACGGGAACAACCACAUGUUCCCAAUCGCUUGGGCGGUUGUGGAAUCAGAAAACAAAAGUUCGUGGAUAUGGUUUGUAAGCGCAUUGCAAGAGCAGCUUGGGACACUCGAUGGAAAGGGCUUCACAAUUGUGUCAGACCAACAGAAGGUAUUUUACUUUUGCUGGUGA